UCUGCCAGCACCACUGCAGAUGAUUGAUGGUGAACGAUGACUGAGAGUAUUCCAGCGCCCGCCCAGUCGUCUGCCCGCCAUCCAUCGACUGGUCGCCAGGUGGCGCUGCCUUCCCUGCUACGUCAUCACGCGCUGGCCUGCCGGGCCAACUGCCAGUCACCAGCAGGAAGUCUACGAGACACGGAGAACUGUCCAGCAACACCAAACGUCAACAUGGAUGUGUCAGGACAGGAGUGACAGACAGUGGUCAGUGAAGGCGAAUACCACCGGAAGACAGAACUUGACAGCUGCAAACUGAAACAUGUGACCCAGUGCUUGGCUGUGGACAAGGUUUACAGAACAGAUGUUUAUAGACAGAAGUUAGCACUUAACACUUGAGGUGGCCAACAUCAGCAGGACAUACAUGUUUACAGACAGACACAGUGUCCAGUGACAGAACAAGUCGGCUUACAUGUUUACAGACGCAGGGAGACCAUCCGACAUGUCAUGAACAAUGAUCAACUCCAGACAUCGGCGUUCCUCGACACUGAAUCCUGCUCACCACGACGUCAGCAGCAGCAUCAACGCCACCAACAGCAGCGUCACAAGCACCACGCCGUCGCGGUCUCCGGUCCUGCGUCAGCCGACUGUGGUGUACACCGCGUGCAGUCCGUCCCCCGUGUCCCGCGCGUCGUCAUGGUCACCUGACCGCAUGUUCUGGGGGCCUGCGGGAGGCGAGGACAGGGUGCACGAGGGCGGCAGGCGGGCGGUGUGGUGGUCCGACGGUGCGCUGCCAGACAAGGACACGACUCCAGAGAAAACCUCCAUCGACCCUGGGGAGAUCUGGGCUCGCUACACACAAACUGUGCGACCUCAUUACACCUUCGAGGAACCCAGCUCCAGGAAAAAAUGGCGGUCAGGGGGGCGGAGAAAUGGUGCUGCAGACGACGCAGACUCUCGGUACACCAUGAAACUGUCCCUCCCGUGCCCCCAGGGUUGUAGCAUCUGUGUGUAUUCUCGUCACCUGGGCCCCGUCAAGGUCUACUUUUCUAACAUGAAAUCGCCCAAGAAGUCCUCGUCGCCUGGGAGGCGGAAUGCUCGCAGGACCACCAAAGUCAGCAAACAUCAGGAACCUCAGCUGCCUCUUCGACGAGACGAUGCCAGCCACUGUCCUGCACCAGACGACACCAAACUUGCCAAGAAUCCAAGACCUCUUCAUUUCCUGUCUGAGAAAGGACAUGUGCAAACAAAGCCCGAGUGCUGUCGUCACGGCAAUGCUUCCUGCGGCCUGUGUGUGGCUCUCUCGGGAUCAUGGUCAAAGAGGAAGUGGGUGGAGAAGACCUCUUCAGGUCAACGUCAGCUGUCAAUAGAUGCCAGCGCCCACCACAAGGCAGGUAGAGCCACAUCUCCCAUGUCUCCUCGUGGUGACUGGCUGGCAGGGCCCACUGGGCCACCAGUCGCCAAACCACUUGUGGCUGCCAGUAGUUUCAGGCUCCCUCGUGAGCGUUCGUCAUCGCCGCCCUCCAGGCUGCUGCCCAGACGUGAGCUUUCUGGAGGCGCCUUGCCGGACAUGACGUCAGCGCCUUCUAGGCAGAAGGCAAAGAUGGCGGUCCCUGCUUCUGAUAAGAAGUCGUCUGUGACUGUGUCGUGA